GCGAAAUAUCCGCCGGCCCUUUGAGUGCGGCUGCGUGGUGUGGAGCAUUUACGCCACUCGCACCUCGCCGUCUAGGGCGGGGCCCCGCACCUUCAUGCCUCUGGGUGACUGACUGCAGCUCGGGGAUGAUGGGCAGGCUGGGUGGUGGGUGACGGCGGCGGGGGGUUGCGCGGCGAUUUCUCCCGAGUCUCCGCUUCUCGGCUCCUCCCCUCCCGCAGGGCCCAGGCCUCUCCGCCCGGCUGAGCAGCAGGAGGAUGUGUGAGCACCUCUCUGGGGGUCACCAGGCGGCGCCACACGGCCAGGUUUUAAAAACAGCUAAAUGGAGUCGGAGCAGCUUUUCCAUAGAGGGUUCUACCGAAAUAGCUACAAUAGCAUAACUAGUGCAAGCAGUGACGAGGAACUUCUAGAUGGAGCUGGGGUCAUUAUGGACUUUCAGACCUCUGAAGAUGACAAUUUGUUAGAUGGUGAUGCAUCAGUUGCAGGAACUCAUUAUACAAUGACUAAUGGAGGCAGUAUUAACAGUACAACUCACUUACUGGACCUAUUGGAUGAACCUAUUCCUGGAGUUGGAACAUAUGAUGACUUCCAUACCAUUGAUUGGGUGCGGGAGAAAUGCAAAGACAGAGAGAGACACAGACGGAUCAAUAGCAAGAAGAAAGAAUCCGCAUGGGAGAUGACAAAGAGUUUGUACGAUGCAUGGUCAGGGUGGUUAGUUGUAACACUAACUGGCUUGGCAUCAGGUGCAUUGGCUGGCUUGAUAGAUAUUGCUGCAGACUGGAUGACUGACUUGAAGGAAGGUAUUUGUCUCAGUGCCCUAUGGUUUAACCAUGAGCAGUGCUGCUGGGCAUCUAACGAGACAACAUUUGAAGAGCGAGACAAAUGCCCACUAUGGAAAACAUGGGCAGAACUCAUAAUUGGCCAAGCAGAAGGCCCAGGUUCCUACAUAAUGAACUAUAUAAUGUAUAUUUUUUGGGCCUUGAGUUUUGCAUUCCUGGCAGUUUCUCUCGUGAAAGUGUUUGCUCCUUAUGCAUGUGGCUCUGGGAUUCCAGAGAUCAAAACGAUAUUGAGCGGCUUCAUAAUUAGAGGAUACUUGGGCAAGUGGACCUUGUUGAUAAAAACAGUCACUCUCGUCUUGGCUGUAGCCUCAGGUUUGAGCUUAGGAAAAGAAGGCCCUCUCGUACAUGUUGCUUGUUGCUGCGGCAACAUCUUUUCCUACCUCUUUCCGAAAUACAGUACUAAUGAAGCCAAAAAAAGAGAGGUAUUAUCAGCUGCAUCAGCAGCAGGCGUGUCAGUAGCUUUUGGUGCCCCCAUUGGUGGAGUUCUUUUCAGCCUGGAGGAGGUCAGUUAUUAUUUUCCCCUGAAAACCUUAUGGAGAUCAUUUUUUGCUGCUUUGGUUGCUGCAUUUGUUUUGAGGUCCAUCAAUCCUUUUGGUAACAGCCGACUAGUUCUUUUUUAUGUUGAAUACCAUACCCCUUGGUAUCUUUUUGAACUGUUACCCUUUAUUCUUCUGGGAGUGUUUGGUGGAUUGUGGGGAGCAUUUUUCAUCCGUGCAAACAUUGCUUGGUGCCGCCGCCGCAAGUCAACAAAAUUUGGAAAGUACCCAGUACUAGAAGUCAUUAUUGUAGCAGCAAUAACUGCUGUCAUAGCUUUCCCAAACCCAUACACCAGGGUCAACACCAGUGAGCUUAUCAAAGAACUCUUUACGGACUGUGGGCCCUUGGAAUCUUCCUCCCUUUGUGAUUACCGAAAUGAUAUGAAUGUCAGUAAAAUAGUUGACGAUAUUCCUGACCGUCCAGCAGGCACUGGAGUGUAUUCAGCUAUAUGGCAGCUGUGUUUAGCCCUUAUAUUUAAGAUUAUAAUGACAGUCUUCACCUUUGGAAUCAAGGUGCCCUCAGGUUUGUUCAUACCUAGUAUGGCCAUUGGCGCAAUAGCUGGAAGAAUUGUGGGAAUUGCUGUGGAGCAGCUUGCUUAUUACCACCAUGACUGGUUUAUCUUCAAGGAAUGGUGUGAAGUUGGAGCAGACUGUAUAACACCAGGCCUCUACGCUAUGGUUGGUGCUGCUGCAUGCUUAGGUGGUGUAACAAGGAUGACUGUCUCUCUAGUGGUUAUUGUAUUUGAGUUAACAGGAGGCCUGGAAUACAUUGUGCCCCUCAUGGCUGCAGUAAUGACAAGCAAGUGGGUAGGAGAUGCAUUCGGCAGGGAAGGUAUUUAUGAAGCACACAUUCGUCUAAAUGGAUAUCCUUUCCUGGAUGCAAAAGAAGAAUUCACCCAUACAACGCUGGCUGCUGAUGUUAUGAGGCCUCGAAGAAGUGACCCACCCUUGGCUGUGUUAACCCAAGAUAACAUGACAGUGGACGAUAUAGAAAAUUUGAUCAAUGAAACCAGCUUUAAUGGCUUCCCAGUUAUAAUGUCAAAAGAGUCCCAGAGACUAGUGGGUUUUGCUUUACGGAGAGAUUUGACCAUUGCAAUAGAGAGUGCCAGAAAGAAACAAGAAGGCAUUGUUGGCAGUUCCCGGGUCUGCUUUGCCCAACAUACCCCAUCACUUCCAGCAGAAAGUCCUCGGCCACUGAAGCUUAGAAGCAUUCUUGAUAUGAGCCCUUUUACUGUAACGGAUCACACACCAAUGGAGAUAGUGGUGGAUAUUUUUCGCAAGCUGGGCUUGAGGCAGUGCCUCGUAACGCACAAUGGGAUUGUCUUGGGGAUCAUCACAAAGAAGAACAUAUUAGAGCAUCUCGAGCAACUAAAGCAGCACGUCGAACCCUUGGCGCCUCCUUGGCAUCAUAACAAAAAAAGAUAUCCUCCGUCAUAUGGCCCAAACGGCAAACCAAGAUCCCGCUUCAAUAAUGUUCAACUGAAUUCAGUUACCGAGGAGAGAGGGGAAAGUGAAGAGGAAGUUCAUUUGUUGAAUAGCACAACACUGUAGCAUAAAGCAUUAUUCUGUGACACAGGAGGAAGGCCAAAUUUUUGGAAACGCAUGCCACUAGGAUCCACAAGUUGGUUUAGGAAGAUGCAGAUAGAUGCAAAAAGGAAAUUUCUCACAGUAACAAAGGGGAUGAGAGCGGACUUCUGCAGUCCUGCACUGGAUGCGUUCUGAAUCACUAGAUCUGCCAUGAUAGUGCAGUGGGAAAGCUUUGUGGGAAGAUGGAAGGCUCCAAUGUGUACCCUGUUACUUUGGAAUCAAAGACACUGUCAGUCCUCCCUGUUUCUGGAGGGCUCACCUUGAACUGAGCCAUCUUUUGAAAACUGGAAGAACUUGCCCUUUUUACCACGGACCACUGUUGUGUUUACUCAUGAAAUGUAUAGUUAUUCCACAUCACCUCUUUACAUUCCAGAAGAGCUUUUAUUUCUUUGUCUCUCUCCUGAGCCGUAACAAAGCCUCUUUAGAACCGGUGUGCCCUUUUGAAAUGGUAGUUUCUCAUAUUGAGACGUUCUGUGACCUAAUUGAGUUUGAUCACAAGAAGGAACGGUUUCUUGUGCCAUUUAAACCUAGUGUUUGUAUAUCACGAAAUUCAUGGGGCAGUUUAGAUCUACUGCAACAGAAGCAGGUUGAACAGGUAAAUAAUUUUUACAAAGCAUGUCUGAAAUCCUGCAGCUGAGGAGCUGCAACUUAAAAGGCCAAAUACCUGUCUCAAGAGGAAUGCUUCUUCUGUUAGAUGAUGAUGUGACCCGGGCUUAUGCAAUUUUUUUGUAUUAUUAAAAACACUAAGGUAUGUACCAUUGUUGUGCAGUGUAUGGAAAAUGCUGCUACUCUAUUAAGAACUGGAAGAAUUCUGUGUAAAUGUGUAUCUGAUAACUGCAUGCUCAAACACCGAUGACUCCCCCUCCCAAUAAAUAAAACCUGAUCAUUUUUUGUUUCCCAUUCCAACAAAAAAGUGUUCCAUUGCUGACACUGAAAAGAGAAAUGUAAUCACAGUUGCACUGGAUGAAAAUUGAUUUUGCCAUUUUAUUUAUUUGCUUAUUAAAAUACACUAAAUAAAAAGUAGUUAAUUGUCAGAGUUAAUUUUACCUUUAUAAUGUGAUUUUUUGAACAACAGUUCAGAAUUUUCUGCAGCAUUGGGAUUGGGACAAAAGUUUGAUAGCAGAAAGAAAACUUUGUAUUGUCUUUAUAAUUCAGUCUAUUGCUGUAACCUUAAUAUUUCUGUUUGUAAUCAAAGAACUGGAAUACAUUUGUAAAUAUUGCAGUAUUUAAAACACUUUAUUAUGUAAUUAUUGCUUGAUUUUUCUUUACAUAAACUUUGAAAUGUAGCAAUAACUCAGUUCUAGAUCAUCUCAAACACUGAAUUGAAAACAUUAUGCAUUUCUGAAUUUUGAAUACUUAUUUUAGUUAGAACAAAAUGUCAGCCCCAAGAUGUUUCAUCGUGUGGUACUGACCCAUAGUAAAACUGGAAGUAGGAGAGGACGGUUUUGUUGAUCUGAAUGGUGGCUAACCAGUCCAGGGUAUCUUUUCUCUUAACAGUGAGAACAUUUAUGUUGGUUAUACCAAUAACAAACGUUAUAUAAUGAUUUGGGGAACUAGAUGGUAAACUUUGCAUGCCUGGUGAGUGCUAAGUUUUCCCAAGCACUGGCCCCCACUUAAUGAACCUCUUCUUGAAACUCAGGAGUUUUCAAAACUUGCAAGAUAGUCCUGGGAGCUUGUUUUUAAAAAGUAGGAGCCAGGAGCUCUGAUGCAUAUACAUACUACUCAUUAAUUUCUUAGGAGCAAAUUAUAACUGUUUCUUUACUGUAAAUACUCAGGCACUGUAUUGUCAAAAACCUUGGCUGAAGAUAGCAUAUGCCAGAAGAACUCUUAGUGAAGUCAGCAGGAGUACAUAACCAUAUUUAAACUACUGUAGGCAAGUGCUGUUUGGCUAACUGACCUAAAUAUUGAUUGGUUUAUUUAAAGUGAUAAUUGUUUAGGCCAUAGCUGUUCAACAUUCUUGGAUGCUUUUCUGGAGUGCCUAAUAACUCAAUUUAUUUAGAUUUAGGUUUAAUUUCACUUCAGACUCAAAAUAGCAAUUGGAAUUCUUGCUAUAAGUAUGCUUUUGGCAACACCUCAUCCCAUUCAUUUGUUUCGCCUAAAAAGUAUGUGAUCAUCAUUUUGUAGCUUAAGUAAAAAUCUGGAAUACUGUUAAUUUGGGACAUGUUGGUACUUGUCUAAAUCAGUAUUAUCCGUAUUGAAUUUGGCCUAUUAUAGAAACUCCCCAUGGAACUUGAGGUGUUUCUAUUUAUCACAAAUAUUUAAAGUAUUGUUUACCCUUAGUUCUGAUCAUGUGGUUUUUAAACCAGACUUUCUACGAGUAGCAUGCCCUAUUUUUUAAGGUCUCCUGUUAAGUUUGAAGUUCUCCACUACUUAACACUAUGUCAGCCUCUAAUGGUAAAACAGGAAUCAAAGUCAUAGUGCUGUCACACUCCCCACUGUAGUACAUAAAGAUUAAACACAUGAAUUUAAAUGCUAGGUCUUCACAGGUAGUAUUUCACAGAUGUUUUUCUUUACCAGCACAUAAAAGGUAUGUCUGCUAGCCAUGAUCCAUUAGAGAUUCAGGAACUGAGAGAAGUGUGACUGUGCUAUGUAACAAAAAGAGUCACUAACAAUAAUGUAAUACUUUGCAGCCUUACUCAAGAACUGAAUAGAAUAUGGGAGGAGGGGGCAGUGUCAGCAUCUUUUUUUGUCCAUAAAGAUUGCAUAGUCUAUUAAUCUGUGAUAUUUCCUAGCACUGUAUUAAACAUCGAUCUUAAUGUUUUUAUUUAUAAAGUGUGAUAGAGUCGCAUAAUAUUACAGUAAAAUAACAUUCCGUUACUGUAAUGAUUUCAUCAUAAACAUUAAACAAUUUGUGUAUGA